AUGAAAGAUUUGGGUGUGUUGAAGUACUUUCUUGGUAUUGAGGUUGCACGAAGUUCGGAGGGCAUAUAUUUAUGUCAACGGAAAUAUACUCUUGAUAUUAUUGCAGAAUCUGGUAUAUUAGGAGCGGGACCGGCCGUUGAGAAAAAUCAUACUCUAGUUAAAUCGGAGACACCUCUUAUUGAUGACCCCGAAAUGUAUCGCCGUCUUGUGGGUCAUUUGAUCUAUUUGUCUUUCACUAGACCUGAUUUUGCUUAUACAGUUCAUAUCUUAUCACAAUUUAUACAACAACCUCGUCAAGAUCAUAGGGAGGCAGCACUCCGUGCGGUACACUACUUGAAAGGUUGUCCGGGUCAAGGGGUCUUUUUGAGUUCAAAUUGCGAUCUACAUUUUACAGGUUGGUGUGACUCGGAUUGGGCUAGUUGUCCUUUGACGAGACGGUCGAUUACUGGUUGGUUGGUGUUUCUUGGUGGUUCUCUGAUUUCUUUGAAGACUAAGAAACAACAUACUGUCUCUAAGUCUUUUGCAGAGGCAGGGUAUUGUUCGAUGUCGGCAAUUACUUCAGAGUUGAAAUGGUUAAUCAGCGUUAUAUCAGUUUGGGAGUCUCGCAUCCACGUGCGAUGA